AAUUACCACUUUCGUGAUAAACACCUCCCUUUACAACUGUAGAAUUGUGAACUUCGUAGAUGUUGCAAGACUACAAAGGACCAUUCGCAACGGAAAACGAAAUAUAGAAGAUACACGAUUCCUAUUGCUGACAUUGAGCGAAAUUCUUCGAUACAUGAUGCGUCUUAAGCACGUCUCGAACACACAUCACAAAGGCGUUGAAGAGACCGCUUAAGCAAAUUGGAUAGUACUUAACGUGGCAACGUUUCCAAUAAGAUUGUACAGUCCAAAAUUUUCUUUGAUUCACUAUGUACCAUCAUCCGUAACCAAGCAAAAAUGAUCAACGACAGGAUAAAUCUUCUGAGCGGACGUUCCUCGGCUGGUUACGCUUUAGUUACAGCGAUAAAAACUGUCGCCAUAUUGUUCGUGAUCAUCCUGGCAGUUCAGGGCGUAUUUCAUUUACCAUAUUAUUUCUGCGGAUUAUGUGGAUAUUUCGUUGUUGGAACAAACCCACAAGAAUUUACAGAAGAAACUUCUCUGCAAGAGCUACAGCAAAAGGAGCAGACAUAUAGGAUCUUUGCGGUGUUAAAUUCGCUUGUAUUCGCUUUCACUGCGGUAGCUCCCUUGGCUGUUGUGUUAACUGUUCUUCUCAGUGUUGCGUGGAAUGAUGAGCCGGCGAAAACAGGAAGAAGUGAAAGUCAUAAACGAAGUGCUGCAGGUUGCAGAGGGACGAGUCCGCAACAGAGAAAAAAUCGAUAUCGGAAGCACGAGGAAGCAGAAGAGCCGACGAAAGAAGAAGGAAGUGAAAGUCACAAACAAAGCGCUGAAGAUAGUAGAGAGACAAGUCCGCAACGAAGAGAAAAUGAAUGUUUGAAUUACAUGGAACCAGCUAGAGUCCAGCGGAGAAUUUCUGCUCUGUCAAGAUUUCCCAUAUGGAGCGCUGCAGAAGAGCUGGCGAUAAAAGGAGAAAAUGAAAGUUACAAGCGAAGUGCUGCAGGUAUAAACAGUUGAA